GCAGCAUUGUAUAGUUUUUGCUCAGAUACUAAGUCAAAGAGUGGGAGACUGUUGGACUUUAUAUGCAUCAUCAGAACAAAGAAUAAAAAUGACCUUUACCAUAAGUAUUCUUGCCAGAUACCAUGAAGCAAAAGGGUUGUAAACACUGGCAAGAGAGAGAGAGAGAAGGAAGUGGUGUGAAAUUAGGAGACACACUCCACAGUGUUUACAGUAAACAUAUGACACAACGGUACGGAACUCUUAUCAACACUGCGACAUACCAUACACACUGUCAUACUCACUUCUAAAUCAAACUAGUUUCACUUGCUCGUCGGUGAGGACAGUGGAUGUAAGUGGGUGAUAUUCCAGACAUGAGGAAACAACUGGUGCAAAUACUUGGCUUCUUAACUUCAUCACUGGGAUGGACAUUUGUGCUGUGUACCAUGGCCAUGGACUACUGGAGGAUUACCCAAUUAGGAGGACAAGGAGGCUCCUUCAUCAUUAAGGUGGCCUGGUACUGGUCCAACCUGUGGAAGGAUUGCUUCACUGAUUCUACAGCUGUCACCAACUGUCGAGACUUCCCAGUGCUCUGGAGUGUCACCCCUUUUGUCCAAGGAGUGCGAGGACUGCUGAUGUGUGGGUUGACUCUGGGAUUCUUUGCUGUGGUACUUAGCUUUCUUGGGAUGGAGUGCACUUUUAUCGGCGGAGGCGAUAAAACCAAAGACAAAAUGCUUUUUAGCGGAGCAGUAUUUCAUGUCGCUGGUGGUGAGUACAAGUCCUACAUGCUCGUUUAUCUUCGCAGAGCGACAACAGAAACGUUUGACCCUCAUUAUUUCUUGGUAUCAACGAAACCUCUGCUCACAGGUGUGUCAAAUAUUGCUGGCUAUUGCUUAUACAUCAACAGGGUCGCCAGAACAACCUUUUCUGCCAGUUUAGGGCCAGGAGUCUUACGGUAUGACCUGGGACCUCCCAUAUUUCUUGGAUUAGUGGGAUGUUUUUUAAUCUUUUUGGGGGCUAUCUUUUAUGCUGUGACCGUCUUCCGCGUAAUCUGUCCUGAAAGUAAAGUGGUGUAUGCCUAUGGGGGAGGCACAUAUAUGGUCCCUCGCUCCAGGGGAAGAACGUACACUGGCUACUACAGACCCUCAUGGCAGUAUGGAUCAUAUCAAGGAUCAGGACCUUCCAACAGCUCUAAGAUUUCAAAGCUCUCUCAGACAACGCCAACAAAAAUGUCAGAAAGAGAUGCAUUUGUCUAAUAUCUCCAAACCUAACCUUAAUUCAUAUGCUUCCGAUUCUGACACCAACAGGACAAACCCAGAAAGACAUUGGAGCUUGAAUUCCAAAUGAAUCACCAAAUGUAAAGGAUGAUAAUACGAAAAUACUCUCAACCUUCUCUUAUGUGUCUAAUUUUUGUGGUCAUUCUCAUUUACUUGUCAUGUUUUUGUAUAUCAUACUCAAUAAAAUUGUGUUUACUAAUUAAAAUUAAUGUAAUUAAUUUACUGUGUUUUUAUUUAGUGAAAUUGGGUAUUGGGGACUUCACCACAGCAGAGUUACUGAAUCACUUUAAAAACACUGUGUGCCUAAAAUUGGAACUGCUUACUUUCAUGAAUGUCCUGUGUCAUUUUAAGGAAGUCCUCGUGACAGAACCUAUGACAAUUUUUACAUUAUAGGAUUGUGAUCCUCAUGAAUAUCAUCUUGUCUCCUCAAAUUGCUUUUUAAGCAAACAUUUGAUGACGUCUGCAUUUACAGUGACAAAAUAAUGACACAUUUUCUUUUAACUGAAAUGCAUAAAUCCCCUCUACCUCUGUGAAAGAUUGAUGAAAUGUCAGAAAGAAUAAUGUGCAGCGCUUGAAAUGUGAAUCAAUCCAGUUUAGUUAAGAGUUUUGUUUAAUUUAAAUUUUUGUGAAACAGGAUCAGGCUUUAACUGAAACACAACAGCUGAAGUCGGACUUGCAGUAAAUGUGCAUAAAACUGAGCCCAUGCUGGCAGACUCCUGGGUAGCAACAACAAACAGAUCCUCGAAGUGACCUUCAUAAAACACAGGCAAAACAUGUAAUGAUAUACACA